UUGAGAUCUAAAUAAAAACCGCAACUGCUCAAAGAGUCUCUUGUUCGAAUGAAACAAACACCACUGACAUUUAAAUAAGCAUCUUAGAAAUUCUCUAUCAUUUCAUCAUUAGGGUUCAUCGAGAGUGCAACAUGGGAGAGCGAAAGCGAAUUCCUCUCGGAAUUUUUGCAGUGAUCUUCUUCGUAAUUUGUUCUUCAUCGUUACACCUUCUUCGUGCUUCCGAUGAUGCCGAUGACGCGAUCUUCUACGAAUCAUUUGAUGAGGAUUUUGAUGAUCGUUGGAUUGUUUCCGAUAAGGAUGAAUAUAACGGCAUCUGGAAGCAUUCAAAGAGUGAGGGGCAUGAAGAUUAUGGGCUUCUUGUCAGUGAGAAAGCAAGAAAGUAUGCUGUAGUUAAAGAACUUGAUGAGCCUGUGAUUCUUAAGGAUGAAUCAGUUGUUCUUCAGUUUGAGACUCGCCUUCAGAAUGGCCUCGAAUGUGGUGGUGCAUAUCUAAAAUAUCUUCGACCACAGGAAGCUGGUUGGAAACCCAAGGAAUUUGACAACGAUUCUCCCUAUUCUAUCAUGUUUGGUCCUGACAAGUGUGGGGCCACAAACAAGGUGCACUUCAUUUUCAAGCAUAAGAAUCCGAAGAGUGGGGAGUAUGUUGAACACCAUCUCAAGUUUCCCCCAUCUGUUCCUUCUGACAAGCUAUCUCACGUGUACACUGCUAUUUUGAAACCCGACAAUGAGUUGCAAAUUUUGAUUGAUGGGGAACAGAAGAAAAAGGCAAAUUUCUUAUCUUCUGAGGAUUUUGAGCCUUCCCUUAUCCCUCCCAAGACAAUCCCAGAUCCUGAAGAUAAGAAACCUGAGGACUGGGACGAGAGAGAGAAAAUUCCAGACCCAAGUGCAGUAAAGCCUGAUGACUGGGAUGAGGAUGCACCCUUGGAAAUUCUUGAUGAAGAAACUGUGAAACCUGAAGGAUGGUUAGAUGAUGAGCCUGAGGAGAUAGAUGACCCAGAGGCUACAAAACCAGAAGAUUGGGACGAUGAAGAGGAUGGUGAAUGGGAAGCCCCUAAGAUUACUAACCCAAAUUGUGAAACAGCCCCUGGUUGUGGUGAGUGGAAAAGGCCAAUGAAGAAGAAUCCAGCAUACAAGGGAAAAUGGCAUGCCCCCCUAAUUAAAAAUCCAGCUUAUAAGGGUAUAUGGAAGCCUCAGGAUAUUCCAAACCCUGAUUACUUUGAGCUUAAAAAACCCGAUUUUGAGCCUAUUGCAGCUAUUGGUAUUGAGAUUUGGACAAUGCAGGAUGGCAUAUUGUUUGACAAUAUUUUGAUCGCUAAAGAUGAUAAGAUUGCAGCUUCAUACCGGGAGACUACAUGGAAGCCCAAGUUUACUAUUGAGAAAGAGAAGCAGAAGGAAGAAGAAAAGGACACUGAAUCAAGUGGUCUUGCAAGCAUACAUAAGAAGGUAUUUGACCUGUUAUACAAGAUUGCAGACAUUCCCUUCCUGAGUGCCUACAAGUUUAAAAUACAUGAUCUCAUUGAAAAGGGUGAAACGCAGCCGAAUCUCACAGUUGGAAUUCUUGUAGCCGUUGUGGUUAUUGUCUUGACAAUUUUCCUUCGUAUUGUAUUUGGUGGGAAGAAAAAGCCAGCAAGAGUGGAGAAAACAAACACACCUGCCGCAGAAACUUCCACUAACCAAGACAGUGGAGAGAAUGAAGAAAACAAAGAGGAGGAAACAUCGAAGGCUCCACGUCGGAGGGUAAAGCGAGAUAAUUGAAAUGAUUUAGACUAGACAGGGGCGGCCUAUCAAGAUCACUAUCACACAAAUUUUGAGCUUAGUUGGAGAUUAGGUCAAUUCCAUUUCUACAUAGAACUUUCUUUGCGAUUUUCUCAUUCACUUUUUGACCGAUGAUAUGCAUAAGGAGUGUAGAUCAGAUAUUCUGCGUAGUGCCGGUCAUUUUGGAGACUUGAGUAUUUUUAGCUUAUUGAGGUUGUACAAUGAUUUUUCUUUAUCUUUCUAGUUAUGUAGCUCAGAAAUCAAUUUUCAAAACAACAUUCCUACUAUUAAAUAUAUUCCUAAUUUUAAGCAUGUGCUUGAUCCAA